CUGCAAACAUAUCUCACCGGGUCGAUAAAGUCACUUCACCGGUACAUAUCAUCAAGCGGUUCAUUUAAUAACAGUACUAACAAUUAUUUUUGCACAAUACAUCUAUUUCGGCCCAAGGAACAUCAGAGCAUUUCAAAUAAUCACGUUGUUUUGAUACUUUACCAAAGUAAAUGUUUGGGAAUUCACAUAGAUAUGACUUUAUACCGUAAGCUAUGGGAAAAUUUUGUAGAUCUAAAUAUAUCGCCCUUAUAGUACUCUUCUAUGGUAUUUUAUUCGGUAACAUUUUCAUAAAGGGGUGGACUUUUGGCUUUAACGAUGAUUUUUAUGACCAUGGAGAAUCACAACACGCUGGAAAACGCUGCCCAUAUGAUGUCUUGGGGAUACAAAAGAGUUCUAGUCAUAAGGAAGUAAGGAAGGCAUUUUUAAAACUGAGCAAAAAAUAUCACCCCGAUCUCAACAGUGAACCAGACGCCGCGGAUAAAUUUAAAGAAAUAAACGAAGCCUAUGAAAUUUUGAGCAAUAAUGAUAAGAGAGAAGCAUAUGAUGCCCAUGGUUUUGCGGGCUUGGAUAGAUUGGGGAGAAUGAAUGAUAUGGGCGGUGACGGUGACUUUGAUUUUGACAACAUAUUCUCAAGCUUCUUUGGCGGAGGAUUUGGCUAUGGUGGAAGUAGAGAACCACGAAAAGCAGAGUCAUUGGUUUAUCCUGUAUCACUAUCGCUUGAUAUGCUUUACAGCGGCCACGAAUUUGAAGUAAAGCUUGAAAUUCCUAGAUUAUGUAAAAAGUACGAUGAAUGUGAAGUAAGAAGACCAGAUUGUCAUGGCCCUCAAAUCAGAGUUGUAACACAGCAGAGAGGCCCAGGAAUGUUUGUUCAACAUCAAAUGAAAGAUCCAACAUGCAUCGGUAGAAAUAAAGGCUGGAAAGAGGGAUGUAAGGCAUGUCCAAAUGGACCAAAUUACAUGGAAAAAAUGACUCUUACCGUAACCGUUGAGCCAGGAUCCAGACAUGAACAAAAGAUAGUUUUUGAAGGCAAAGGACAAGAACAACCUGGAAUGCAAAGGGGUAACAUCAUAUUUGUUAUCAACGAAAAGCCUCAUCCAAAGUACAAGCGUGAUGGAAAUGACCUCCAUUGUGAUCUCGAUAUUACGCUUAAGGAAUCAUUGCUAGGUUUCAGCAAGAAUCUUGAUAUAUUUGGAAAGGAUAGUAUUUUGGUGACACAGAGUGGAAUUACACCUCAUAACAACAUUAUCAAAAUUUCCGGAAAGGGUAUGCCUAUACUUGGAUCUUCGAGAUUUGGAAAUUUAUACAUUACUAUUAAUGUAAUUUAUCCAAAAAAACUUUCAACUUCACAAAUUCACCUUCUAGAGAAGGCUUUGUAA